AUGAAUAAUCAUUUUAAGAAAAUGAAACGAAUGGAAGAAGAAAUGAACAAAUUUGAACAGGAUAUUGGUAUAAACAACAAUGUCAAUGAUGAUGAUAAAACUAAAAAUUGUUUUAAAAAAAUAAAAAUUCAAGGUCAUCAUUUUCAACAAUCCCCCUUGAAUAUUGCAUUAUCUAAAGAAAUCAAUUCACUGUUGCAAAAUCAAAGCUCAUCUACUUUAAUUUCUAAGACAAAAACUAAGGCUUUGAUAGGUAAAAGUGAACUAAAUAGCAAAGCGCACAUAGCAAUUGCAGCUGCUGGAUGUGCAUCGUCGUCUUCCAAAAUAUACGGUACUAAACAAAAACAAUUCUAUCGUAAGGCCGCUGGAAAGGUUUGGUACGAUCCUACUUUGGAACAAUGGUCAAAUGAUGAUUUUCGUUUAUUCGUGGGAAAUUUGGGAAGAGAAGUUAAUGAUCGUAUGUUGAGCAUGCCAUUUAUGCAGUAUCCUUCAUUUGUCAAAGCUCAUGUAGUAAAAAAUCGUGAGACAAGCAUGUCACGCGGUUGCUACGGAUUCGUGUCAUUUGGAAAUUCUGUGGACUAUUUACGAGCUAUCAAAGAAUUGCACGGAAAAUAUGUUGGAAGUCGCCCAAUGAAAAUUGAAAAAAGUAAUUGGAAAAAAAGAAACACUGAUAUCGUAUUGCAUACCUAAUUUGGAAUUGCCAUUUAUAUGGAAUUAGUUUUUUUUGUAUUAUUUAAAUAUUU